AUGGUAGGAGUUUUUGGAGUAGCGAGCUGGGGAGGUGAUCUUUUGAAUCGGGGAAUCCUAACGCUGUCUCUUGCUCCGAGAGAUAACCAUGAAGCUCAGGUUCAGUUUGCUCUCGAACGCGGAAUUCCCGCAGUUCUCGGGGUAAUAUCUACUCAACGGCUUCCUUUCCCGUCGAGUUCUUUCGACAUUGCUCAUUGCUCGAGGUGUCUUAUUCCCUGGACUGAAUUCGGUGGAAUCUAUUUGCUCGAGGUUCAUCGUAUACUACGUCCCGGUGGCUUCUGGGUUCUGUCCGGUCCACCAGUGAACUACAUAGACCGAUGGAAAGGAUGGGACACGACCAUCGAAAAGCUUCGGUCCGAGUUCGAGAAGCUUCAAUCCGUUCUAACCUCCAUGUGUUUCAAGAAGUACGCCGAGAAGGACGACAUAGCCGUCUGGCAGAAACUUUCAGACAGCGACUGCUACGAAAACAUGGCGGAUAACACCGACACUACUUACCUGCCCAAAUGCGACGACAGUAUCGAGCCGGACUCGGCCUGGUACACUCCCCUACGUCCCUGCGUCAUUGCCCCGAGCUCGAAAGCGAAGAAAUCGAGCCUCGGGUCGAUCCCGAGAUGGCCCGAGAGGCUACAUGUCGCGCCCGAGAGGAUCAGGGAUAUUCACGGAGGAAGUGCAGGUAGUCUGAAACAAGACGACAGCAAAUGGGAAAACAGAGUUAGACAUUACAAGACACUUCUCCCGGCAAUCGGGACAGAUAAGAUAAGGAACGUUAUGGAUAUGAACACAGUGUACGGAGGUUUGGCCGCGGCUCUCAUCGAUGAUCCUGUCUGGGUCAUGAACGUGGUUUCCUCGUACGGCGCCAAUACACUCCCUGUAGUGUACGAUCGUGGCCUCAUCGGAAUUUACCACGACUGGUGCGAAGCUUUCUCGACAUAUCCGAGAACAUACGAUCUUCUUCACCUCGACGGCUUAUUUACCGCUGAGUCUCAAAGGUGCGAAAUGAAGUACGUGCUAUUGGAGAUGGACCGGAUUUUACGUCCGAAUGGAUACGUAAUAAUACGAGAAUCGAAUUAUUACAUGGAGGCCAUCGCUACCAUCACGAAGGCCAUGCGGUGGGGGUGCCGGAGAGAAGAGACGGAGACCGCUUCCCUAAAUAACGAGAAGGUUCUCGUUUGCCAGAAAAAGCUCUGGUAUUCCUCUAACCAAUCCUCGAGAUAAUACCGGUUGGUAACCGGAGUUAACCGGAAAUAACCGCAAAGAUCCGAUAGAUUCGUGGCUUUCACUCGUCCCCAAGAAAGUUUUAUAGUUUUUAUUAUGUAUAAAUAUAUACAUGUCUAGAUUAUUCUUUUGCAAUGUAUCCUAUUCCUGUAACCAAAUUUCUAUAUUACCAAAAAAUAUGAAUGGUAACCCCUCAUAACUGAGAUGCCUAAUCAAUAAACUUCUGGUUCACGCGGAGGGUUUUGCCUUA